GCUUCCUCUAAAAGGGUGGCACUGUUGUUGAGUUAGUACGAUAGCUCAUCAUGUUGCUUUAGGGGCCAGAAGAUUUUAAAAGGAGAUGCCUUGAAGCCUUUUUACACAGUGGGAAACAUCAGUUUAAGGGCAUUGGCAGGAUCAUUUGCUUGUCCUUUGCAUCAGCCACUGCUGUGUCAUUUUGGUGUGGGAUGGCAGUCCUAGUUGGCAUUCUGUUAUGGAAGUGCUCGUUGCUGUUAUUAUAGUACUGUGGUGACAACAUGCCAUUGAAAUGGAAAACAGGCUCUCCUGCUAUCUGGAAAUUCCCAGUUCCUGUGCUUAAAACGUCUAGGUCAUCACCACUUUCUCCUGCAUAUAUAUCUUUGGUGGAAGAGGAAGAUCCUCAUAUGAAGAUUUCUCUUGGAAGUGGCGAUAUGGGUGUGUCUGCUCAUCUUCAAACUUCAAAAACAGGAGCUACACGUUUUUUCACUAGUAAUACGCAUAGUUCUGUGGUUUUACAGGGUUUUGACCAGCUCCGAAUAGAAGGUUUACUUUGUGACGUGACACUAGUCCCGGGUGAUGGAGAGGAGUCAUUUCCUGUUCAUAGAGCUAUGAUGGCGUCAUCAAGUGAUUACUUUAAAGCCAUGUUCACAGGAGGAAUGAAGGAACAAGAUCUCACAUGCAUUAAGCUUCAUGGUGUGAAUAGAAUAGGUUUAAGGAAGAUUAUUGAUUUUAUUUAUACUGCAAAGCUCUCCUUAAAUAUGGACAAUUUGCAAGACACAUUGGAGGCUGCCAGUUUUCUACAAAUUCUCCCUGUUCUAGAUUUCUGUAAAGUAUUUCUUAUAUCUGGGGUUUCUUUAGAAAAUUGCGUAGAGGUUGGGCGUAUUGCAAAUACUUACAAUCUCACAGAAGUGGAUAAGUAUGUCAAUAACUUUAUCCUUAAGAAUUUUCCUGCCUUGUUGACCACUGGUGACUUUUUGAAGCUUCCUUUUGAACGACUUGCCUUUGUACUUUCAAGCAAUAGCAUAAAGCACAGCAGUGAACUAGAACUUUUUAAAGCAGCCUGCCGCUGGCUACGAUAUGAAGAUGCACGGAUGGAGUAUGCUGCAAAACUUAUGAAGAAUAUCAGAUUUCCACUGAUGACUCCCCAGGAUCUUAUAAACCAUGUCCAAACAGUGGAUUUCAUGAGAACAGAUAACACAUGUGUUAACCUGCUGUUGGAAGCUAGUAAUUACCAAAUGAUGCCAUAUAUGCAGCCUGUCAUGCAGUCAGAGAGAACUGCAAUUCGAUCGGAUAGUUCACAUUUAGUAACUCUGGGUGGAGUUUUAAGACAGCAGUUAGUUGUCAGCAAAGAACUACGGUUAUAUGAUGAAAAGGCACACGGAUGGAAAUCUUUGGCUCCCAUGGAUGCACCAAGAUACCAGCAUGGCAUAGCAGUGAUUGGAAAUUUCCUUUAUGUAGUUGGUGGCCAGAGCAAUUAUGACACUAAAGGAAAAACUGCAGUAGACACGGUUUUUAGAUUUGAUCCUCGUUACAACAAGUGGAUGCAAGUUGCAUCUUUAAACGAAAAACGGACUUUCUUCCACCUAAGUGCUCUCAAGGGACAUCUUUAUGCAGUUGGUGGUAGAAAUGCUGCUGGGGAAUUGGCCACAGUGGAAUGCUAUAAUCCCAGAACAAACGAAUGGACAUAUGUUGCAAAAAUGAAUGAACCUCAUUAUGGUCAUGCUGGAACUGUAUAUGGAGGAUUAAUGUACAUUUCAGGCGGCAUUACUCAUGACACAUUUCAAAAAGAACUUAUGUGCUUUGACCCAGACACUGACAAAUGGACUCAAAGGGCACCGAUGACCACUGUUAGAGGACUUCAUUGCAUGUGUACUGUGGGCGAUAGAUUGUAUGUCAUUGGAGGAAACCAUUUCAGAGGAACAAGUGAUUAUGACGAUGUUCUGAGUUGUGAAUAUUAUUUUCCAACAUUGGACCAAUGGACUUCGAUUGCUGCUAUGUUGCGUGGGCAGAGUGAUGUUGGUGUUGCCGUCUUUGAAAACAAAAUCUAUGUUGUGGGAGGUUAUUCAUGGAAUAACCGCUGUAUGGUGGAAAUAGUACAAAAAUAUGACCCAGAAAAAGAUGAGUGGCAAAAAGUAUUUGACCUUCCUGAAUCUCUUGGUGGAAUUAGAGCCUGUACCCUUACUGUUUAUCCACCAGAUGAAAUCCCAGGAUCACCGUCCAGAGAAUCUCCACUCUCAGCACCUUAAAUUGUUUAUAGACUCCAAAAAGUGUAUUUAAUAUUUUGCACUGCACCAUGGACCCUGUAAAUGUAACUUCUUUCUUCAUUAGUGUCUAUUUAGACUACGACCUACUGGAAUGGGCAUAGUACUAAAUAACAAGAUAAAGAUACUUUGGCUAUUUUGUUAGCCUAUAAUGUUUACCUUGCAGUUAACAGAACUAUAUAAAAUGUGCACCAUCUUUAACAGAGCCAAAUAUUGAACAAAUGAAUUACUAGUAAAAGCUACAACUUUGGCACUUUUAUGGUUAAAUAUUGAUUUCAGGUACUUUACUGCACACAUUUGUAAGUGUGUAAACUAACACCACAUUGAAGCAGAAAGGUUUUCAGCUCAUUACCCACGUUUACAUAUCUACCCCAAAACUGGCAAAUAAGAUGAAUGUAGAGCAGUGCAUUCAUCUUAAUCAUUCAGAAAUGUUUAUUUUAGUUGUAUGUUGCUGUUCUAGAGAAAAGUUUCAGAAAGUUCAUAUAUUUUGCUUUUUCUUUCAGCCAUAUGUGUUGCUUUGUAAUACAAGACGGCCCAAACAGAAAGGUAUGCAGUGAAGAUGACAUUUAAAAAAACGGUACUAAACAUGUUAGUUAAAAGUCCCUUACCUCUAGGUCAGAUAUUCUCUAACUUUAGAUGCACUUCUAGAAGUGCAUUGAGCAGUUAUUUGCAGUUCUUACUUCUACUGUUAUUUGUUAAUUGUUACAGACUUCUGCUCUUUCAACUAAAGUUGCUUUUCCUUCUGCUUAAUUACUGAUGUUUUUGUAGAGUGUUAACAUCAAUGAUGUAUGGAAAAUUCAGUACAGAUGUGUAGUUUGUAAUAUGCCUGCACUGAAUUUUUUAAUUGGUAACUGCUACAACAGGGUACAAGUUUUAACUCUAAAUAACUGAAUGUCAUGUCUUUGGUAUCUGGAUUGCUGUUAACUGAUAGAGUUUGGAUUAUCUGGGUAUUUUGCUAUUGACGCAACUGGAAAAUGUCAUCUCUCCUGAUUUCCGUCUCUUAUUAAGCUGUUCAGCACAAGGUACAGCUUAGCAGGAGAGCUGCUUCAGCUCAGUGAAUUUUGAGCUACUGUGUUUUACCUUUUGUUCAAUAAAACAUUUUUAACUGCA